CUUUCCUUCUUCCUUGGGCAAAGGAGGGCAUCUUCGUGUUGCUGUGCAAGCGACGGACCGCGUUGCUGCCUCGGCCUCGGUUUGCAUGCUGUCUGUAGCUUCUACUGCACCCCCGGCUCUUCAUCCCACCCCUUCGAUCUUCCCCAGCUCCCCUCUCCUCUUUAAAAAGCUCCCUCCCUCCCCGGCUUUCACUUCACACCACAACUCGACUCACGCUUCUUCCUUGGCUGGCGCCAGUCCAAUCCGCUUGCUUCCCCACUUUCUUCCUUGGCCAAGUUAACCAGGUCGACUGAUCCAAUCCAUCGCUCCAGUCCAAGCUCGUUUCUUCAAUCCAAAGUCAAUCGCCCUCAUCCAAGAAAGAUCCAGGAGAAACGAUCAGGGCAUCUCCUAAGCUAAAGAAACCGUGAGUGCGUGCUCCCUGUCCAUAUCCAUCGCCAUGGCCGGAGAUGGAGAGUGCUCUGUCCUUGCCCGUGCACACCACCAACAGUGCCGUCGGUCACCCAGAAACUAAGAGAGCAAGGGAGAGAGAAGAAACUCUUGCGCGCGGAACUCUUUUGGGUUGUCUCUUUGGGUUAGCGAGAAUGCGGCAGCUCUCGUCCCUGCUGCAGGGGCUGGCCCGAUCCAUGGCUCUGGGAAAGGAGAGGAAGGAGGAGGAGCAGGGGACGGUGCUGCGGUCGUCGGGGACGCUCCGGGGCGAGGGCUCCGAGACCUUGGCCGCCGUCUGGUCCCGCCGCGGCGAGAAGGGCACCAACCAGGACUGCUCCAUCGUCUGGGAGGGGUUCGGACGCCAGGAGGACACUAUCUUCUGCGGCAUCUUCGACGGCCACGGCCAGUGGGGCCACUACGUCUCCAAGGCCGUCCGGGACUCGCUGCCGCCGUCGCUGCUGUGCCGCUGGCAGGAGGCCGUCACGCUGGCGUCGCUCAUCGACGGCGAGAAGAAGCUCUGCGACUCCCAGUUCGACCUCUGGAAGCAGUCCUACCUGGCCGCCGCCGCUGCCGUCGACGAAGAGCUCCGCCGCAGCAGCCGCCUGGACGCGGUCAACAGUGGCUCCACUGCUCUGUCCGUCGUUAAAAAGGGUGACACGAUGGUGAUCGCGAACGUGGGCGACUCCCGAGCCGUCCUGGGGACCACGUCGGACGACGGCAGCAUCGCAGCCGUCCAGCUCACCGUCGACUUCAAACCCAACCUGCCUCAGGAGAAGGCGCGCAUCGUGCAGUGCAAGGGCCGCGUGCACUGCCACGAGGACGAGCCCGGCGUGCACCGGGUGUGGGUGCCCGACCGGGAGGCGCCGGGGCUGGCCAUGUCGCGUGCGUUCGGCGACUACUGCGUCAAGGACUACGGCGUCAUCUCGGCGCCGGAGGUGACGCAGAGGAGGAUCGCCGCCCGGGAUCAGUUCGUCAUCCUGGCCACCGACGGGGUCUGGGACGUGGUCUCCAACGAAGACGCGGUGCAGAUCGUGGCGGCCACGGCGGACAGGGAGAAGGCGGCGAAGCGCCUCGUCCAGUGCGCCGUCCGUGCCUGGAGGCGCAAGCGGCAGGGCUACGCCGUCGACGACUGCUCGGCGAUCUGCCUCUUCCUCCACCACUCGCCGCCAUCGUAGACGGACAGCUUCGUCCCUGCAUUGCCGUGAAGACCAAGGAAGGGAAACACACCCGUCCUUUUCUUGGUAGAAGAGUGAGUGCAGACGUCGCGGUCAAAGACCAAAAUGGCAGAUCACAGCAAAUCAGAGCGUGCGGCAGUUGGGCUGGCGAUCGGGACGGUGGGCGAACUGCUGCCGGUGGAUGACCGGAAAAUCUCCCCAAAAUGCACGAGAACCAACAGCAGCCAACGGCAAGGGGGCAAAUGCAUUUUUGUCUGUGUAUGGCCCCGUCUCUGUUAUGAUAGGAAAUAGUCACAAUUAUUGCCUUAUCAGUGUACAUCAAUCACAACAGGGUCAUACAUCACCGCUUUUGGCGCCGAUAAUUUGCACCCAAAACAAUCGCAAUCUUA